AUGGGUUGGUCUCUGGCACUUCUCGCCCUUGUCCUCGGCGCCGUUGCGCGUCCUGUGAGCAACUCCGACUCCGGUCUGAGCAACAUCAAGAAUGUCGUGGUGCUGGUACAAGAGAACCGCUCCUUUGACACCUUGGCGGGUGGCUUGAAAUACAGCUCCAAGAUCGAUGGGCUGGUCAACCGGGAAUACUGCAACCCGGCGGACGUGAAGCAGCCGGACGGCGAAAAGGUCUGCGCCAAGUCGACGGCGCAGAACGUCGCCUCCGAUGAUCCCAACCACAGCAUCGCUGGUGGGAACAUGCAGGUCUUUGGUGAUUACCACCCCGACGCCAAUGCUGCCUCCAAAAUGAACGGAUUUAUCACCGAGCAGCGAACCUACUGGAAAAAGCAGGACGCAAACAACCUACAGCGUGCCGCCGAGGUGAUCAACUACCACACCCCUGAUCUCGUCCCCGUUCUCAACUCCAUGGCUGAGAACUUCGUGCUUUUUGACCGUUGGUUUGCUGCCGUCCCGGGGCCUACCAACCCCAACCGUGCCUACUUGACCUCGGGCACUUCGCACGGUCACGGCAAAAACGAUGACGACUUCCUCAACUCGGCGCUGCCCCAAAAGUCCAUCUUCGAGCAACUCUCGGACAAGGGCAUCAGCUGGAUGAACUAUGAGAAUUCGACCAAGUCCGAUCCGCCGUUCCUGCCAGAUGCCAGCUUCUACGAUUGGACCUACAAGUCUGGCAAGAACAAGACUAAUGUGGCCCCCAUCGACCAAUUUUACAAGGAUGCCAAGGACGGUAAACUGCCCAAGUUCAGCUGGAUCAACCCCGAGUGCUGCUCGUACAUGUCCAUGCAUCCCGCGUCCCCGCUCAACAUGGGCGAGAACUUCAUGAAGGGGAUCUAUGAGGCCCUGCGCAACUCUCCGCAGUGGAAGAACACGCUCUUCAUUCUGACCUGGGACGAGCACGGCGGUUUCGCUGACCACGUCGCUCCGCCCGCCAAUGUCCCCGCUGGUGACGACCUGACCUACACGGAGAAGGCAGAGGACGGAAAGGAGUACACCUUCAAGUUUGACCGUCUGGGUGUGCGUGUUCCGACGAUUCUGAUGUCCCCCUGGGUGGGCAAAGGUGUGGUUCAGAACAAGCCGUCCGAGGAUGGCAAUGACUUCACCCACACCUCUAUUCUCAAGUUCCUGUCCGAGCUUUGGGAUUUGGAUGUCCUCACUCCGCGUGUCAAGUGGUCGCCCUCGUUUGGAAACUUGAUCACCAACAAGUACCGUGAUGACACCCCCAAGAAACUAGCCAACGCCUUCGGCUAUUAA